UUUUUUUUUUUUUUUUUUUUUUUGAAUUUUCUUGGUGGGGCACGUCCCGCGGGGCAGAUGUCUAUCGAUGGAGGGGUAUCCGGAACCGUCCCUCUGUUUUUGAUCUUUCAUCCUCCAGCCCGCGACAAGUCAAACUUCUGGAAGACCGACCCCCGAAUCCUACGUCCCUUCCCUCCUAUCCCAAAGAAACCCCGAUACGCCCCGUCUCCAAAAUGGCCUCCCAGCUGCCCCCCUACAAGCAAGACUUCCUCAAGGCCGCCAUCGCCGGCGGCGUCCUGAAGUUCGGCUCCUUCGAGCUCAAGUCGAAGCGCGUCUCCCCCUACUUCUUCAACGCCGGCGACUUCUACCGCGCCGACCUCCUGCGCGCCAUCUCUCUCGCCUAUGCCCACACCGUCAUCGAGGCGCGCGAGGCCACCGGCCUCGACUUCGACGUCGUCUUCGGCCCGGCCUACAAGGGCAUCCCCCUCGCGACCUCUACCACUGACAAGCUCGCCGAGCUCGACCCGGCCCACUACGGCACCAUCUGCUACUCCUUCGACCGCAAGGAGGCCAAGGACCACGGCGAGGGCGGCAAUAUUGUCGGCGCGCCCCUCAAGGGCCAGAAGGUCCUGAUCGUUGACGACGUCAUUACUGCUGGCACCGCCAAGCGCGAGGCCAUCGCCAAAAUCCGUAAGGAAGGUGGCGAGGUCGUCGGCAUCGUCGUCGCGCUGGACCGUAUGGAGAAGCUACCCGCCGCCGACGGCGAUGACAGCAAGCCUGGCCCCAGCGCCCUCGGUGAGAUCAAGAAGGAGUACGGUAUCCCCAUCUUCGCCAUCCUGACGCUUGAUGACAUCAUUGAGGGUGCCAAGAGCUUUGCUUCCGCCGAGGACAUUAAGCGCACGGAAGAAUACCGUGCCAAGUACAAGGCCACUGACUAAGUUUUUGGAAUGGGAUUUGCUCUGGUUUGGGAUGGUGUAAGGCUGGAAUUAUGACAACUGGUGUCGGUUCUGGCUCAUAGUCAGCGGUCGGCGCUCAUACUGGUGGACAACUACAUCGGGCCUCUUUGGGCCAGACGCAUGGGACGAUUUAAAAAAAAAAAAAAAAAAAAAAAAAAGGUGACAUAAGAAGCAUCGUACGCAUUUUGAAAUACCUCACGCCGAAAUGGGAGGUUAAAGUCAAACUCAUGUGGUAUUUUUCUUGCUCGGAUCUCGGGAGCAAGGGUACACUCUAUGUCCCGAUCC